GCCUUUGUGAUAAGCAGUAUGGCUGUCCCAAAGACAAACACACCUAACAGAAUCCCCACGAUUUUCCAAUGUGACUCCAAAGGCCGCGAGAACCAUACUGUGGUAGCUGAUUUGGAUGGCACCUUGCUCAUCGGACGCAGUUCUUUCCCUUAUUUUGCACUAAUUGCGUUCGAUGUCGGAGGGAUUUUAAGGCUACUUCUACUGCUCUUGGCAUCUCCACUCGCCGGGUUUCUGUACUAUUUCGUAUCAGAAGCCGCAGGCAUCCGUGUACUGAUUUUCGCGACGUUUGCUGGGGUGAAAGUGUCGGCAAUUAAGUCGGCUGCAAGCGCAGUUUUGCCGAAGCAUUACUCUGAAGACAUGCAUCCGGAGACCUGGCGUGUGUUCUCGUCGUGUGGGAGAAAAUGCGUGCUAACGGCAAAUCCAAGGAUCAUGGUCGAGCCCUUCUUGAAGAACUAUUUGGGUGUGGACGUUGUUUUAGGCACGGAGAUAUCGUCGUAUAAGGGCAUUGCGACGGGAUUUGUGGCUAGUGCCGGGGUGCUUGUUGGCAGGAACAAGGCCAUUGCUCUGAGAAGGGCGUUUGGAGCUGAAUCAAUGCCGGACAUUGGCAUCGGCGACAGAAAGACAGAUUUUCCAUUUAUGAGACUAUGCAAGGAAAGGUACAUAGUGCCCUCAAGGCCGGAGGUACGUCCCGUGAGACACGAUGCGUUACCAAAGCCCGUGAUCUUCCACGAUGGUCGACUAGUCCAGAAGCCUACACCAUUGAUGGCACUACUAAUCAUUCUAUGGUUUCCAAUUGGCAUUAUAUUAUCCAUCCUGCGUGUCCUCGUCGGUUCACUAUCUCCUAUAUCGUUAACGUACUACAUUGUGAAUUUCAUGGGUUGCCCAAUCACAGUCAAAGGCACCCCACCUCGUGGUGCCAAAAGUUCUUCCACCAGAAGAGGUGUGGUAUUUGUCUGCUCCCAUAGAACUGUGCUCGAUGCAGUUUUCGUAUCCGCAUCCCUUGGUCGCAUGACCACCACCAUCUCCUACUCUGUUGCGAGCUUUACUGAGUUCUUGAGCCCAAUAAAGACCUCUAGGCUUACACGAGAACGUACCAAGGAUGCUCAACUGAUCAACGAUAUUUUGGAUCAAGGAAGAUACUUGGUGAUGUGCCCCGAGGGGACUACCUGUCGAGAACCCUAUUUGCUUAGGUUCUCGUCCUUGUUUGCUGAACUGACAGAUCAAAUUGUGCCGGUGGCCAUCGUCGUGAAAACCAGUAUGUUCCAUGGUACAACAGCUAGAGGGCACAAAUGGCUAGACCCUUUCUUCUUCUUUAUGAACCCUGUCCCGGCAUAUGAGGUCACAUUCUUGAACAAGCUAUCGCCUGAUCAGACUUGCAGUGCAGGAAAAUCCAGCCAUGAGGUUGCAAAUAGUGUUCAAGAAAUGAUUGCAAAGACUUUGAACUAUAAAUGUACCAAUCUUACUAGGAAGGAUAAGUAUAGAGCAUUGGCUGGGACAGAUGGUCUUGUGGGGCAACAACCUGUGCGUGCAGCUACCAAGGUUAUUGGCGGUUGAAAUGGCUGCAUUUACGCGUGUUUAUUUUCAACACUGUAGUUCGCUCGCUUUGUUAUCAUCAGUCGACGAAUUAGAAUGUUAGUUCGUAGAUGUGAAAUUUGGGUGUUUAAUUUGCUGGAAAUAAAAAUGUGUGCCGGAGUUGAAUA